GAUGGACUGCCACUGCCAGACUUUGAAAUUUUGUCUGCAGGUGUGUCAAGGAUCUACAAAUGUGUCAGUCUGUGAAGGACAAUCGCUACCAAAGUCCGGUUUAAGCCAAGUCACCGACGCAUGUGCAUCUUCAUAUCACCGUGGCCAGCUCACUAUAAAGCCCCAUGAAAAUACUUGCGCCAACCGACAUUCAUCCGAUUUACAUCCUAACUCCCACUCAAACUUCACGCAGCAAUCAUGACGAAACCUCCGCGGGGCACCUAUGUCAUCGUUAACCGGGUUCUCUCUCCAACUGACGAAAGGCUUGCGAUCACGUUCAACGGUCCAGAACAGCCUUUGACCGUGAAUACCAGGACCGAUUUUUCUAACCAGCGUUGGAUCGUUCAGGAUUACGACCAGAACACCAAAUCCUUGGUUCCUGUCGAUGCUACUGCCCUCCAAGUUGCUUGGGGUGCCGACUGCGCGACAGUACUUCCAGCACAUAAUUAUGUAUGGACCAUUAGAGAAACCGACUCAGGGUACACUAUUCAAGAUGGUGGAGUAACUGUGUUUUGGGGAGUUGCGAAUGCAGUCAACAAUGCUACGGUCACCAUCGGAACCGGUACCGGUGACGAAAAGCAGAGGUGGUUUUUCGAAAGAGUGCUGUAGACCUUGAAACAAGUUGAAAUGAGUAGCCACAUCGGUAAAUGGCGUUGUU